AUGUCACUUGUUUGGAAGCACCUAUACCCUCCUAAAGACCUGCAAAGUGGGCAGCCUGUGCCCAAAGUAAUUCUCAACGAAGAGACUCGAGCGAAACUUUCAGAUGUGUUAUUCACUCUUGUGAAACACGACCAGAAGAAGAUGGUGGCGGUUGUGAAAGCUCUCGAGGAACAAGUUCCAUUCUUCGACGAUGAAGAGGACGACCACUACAUCUACGAUCUCAAUUACCAUUUCGACCGAAACAGAGCUCUUCGAGCCCCUUGUGGGUAUGCUGGUCUGCUGAAUUUGUCCAACACUUGUUAUCUCAACUCCUUGAUGACACAACUCUUCAUGAACACUACGUUCAGGCGUUUCAUCCUCGGCUGCCGCAUCGACGAUCCUGCAAACAGCCAGCAACUCCUAUCAUACACCCAGAAACUGUUCGGUCAUAUGCAGGAGAGUUAUCGUCGCUUCGUCGAUCCGUCAAAUUUCGUCCAUUCCAUCAAAACAUACGACGACGCAUUGAUCGACAUUCACAAUCAGAUGGACGUCGACGAGUUUUACAAUCUACUACUUGAUCGCUGGGAGACUCAGCUUUCAGGCCAUGAGGAAAAGCGGGUCAUAAAAUCGUUCUAUGGUGGUCAGCUUGUGCAGCAAGUCAAGUCAAAAGAGUGCGAACAUAUCUCGGAGCGACUCGAGCCAUUUUCUGCGAUUCAGUGUGAUAUCAAGGGGAAAGGCACAUUAGCAGAAAGCCUCCAGGCAUAUGUGGAUGGCGAGGUCAUGGAAGGAGACAACAAGUACAAAUGCUCAACAUGCGACCGACAUGUUGACGCGGUGAAAAGGGCCUGUCUCAAAGAUGUUCCCGACAAUGUCAUAUUCCAUUUGAAAAGGUUUGAUUUCAACCUGCGUACCUUGCAGAGAAACAAGAUCAAUGAUUAUUUCUCCUUUCCGGAUCAAAUUGAUAUGCGACCAUAUACCAUUGAGCAUCUCAGCAACCCAACGAGCGAUAUCGAGGAGGACAUCUUCGAACUAGUGGGUGUGCUCGUUCACGCAGGCACCGCUGAAUCUGGACACUACUACUCAUACAUUCGCGAGCGUCCCACCUCAAGGAAUCGGCCCUUGUGGGUGGAAUUCAACGACGACUCAGUAAUGCCAUGGGACCCUGCGCAGAUGGAAUACUCCACGUUUGGAGGUCCGGAUCACCGUCCCAUGUAUGAUCAUAAUGGCAUUUCAUACGACAAGAAUUUUAGCGCUUAUAUGCUGUUUUACCAGCGUUCUUCAUCCUUGCGCUCGGAACAGGAAAAGGUGCCGGCCCUUGCCAUUCCGGCACCCCUUCGUGUUGACGUGCCAGACCACCUUGCGGAUCAUCUCUCAGACGAGAAUACAAAUAUCCUCCGCCGCCAUUGUAUUUACGACCCAAGCAAUGUCAAGCUUGUUCAAGUUCUCUUCCGUCAGUCACAUCAACACUGCAGAUCCAUUGGCAGCUGCGAAAAGAGUUCGAGUAUCAACAGCUUCAUGGCUAUGCGUAGUCAAGAGCAUGGACUUCAGGAUCUUGCCAUGCGAACGCUCAUCGGUAAUUUAGAUCAGGUUGUCACAAGGACUAAGGACACUCCGGGUUUUCUCUCAUACGAAGAGAUUAUCCAAGAUGCAGUCACAUCAUGCGAGCGGUGUGCUUUUUCCUUCUAUGAGUACUUCAAUCAGCAUCCGAGCGCUUUCCGCAUGCUUUUGCAGCGUAAUCCAGAUCAAUUAGUACGGAGCAAGAUCAGGAACCUUUUCAAGGUUGCAGUCACGAAGAUCUCGACGGCUUUGCCUAAUGUCUACGACCCGGAGAUUCGAUACAAGUUGGCUCAUGAUGCUGACGGAGAUGAGACACUCUCUGAACCUGAUGCUUCCCAUCGCCCCGUUAUUGACGGCGUAAUGCUGAUAUUCCAACACCUUUGGAAAUUCUUUCAUAUUCACAUUAGAGCCUGGGACGACUACUUCGGAGCUGUUCUAGACUUUGCUGAUAUGGGUCAUCGGGAAACCGGAUAUGUCUUUGCCGCGAACUUUCUAGCCAGCGCUAUCAGAAUCAUUUCUGCUGAUCCGCUCCAGGAACUCAGUGGGAACUGGGCCAGAAUGCUCCAAAGUGUCAUUAGGCGGAACAAUACUACAAAGCCUACCUCAUAUGUAUCGAUUAUCAGACUAGUCAACCACUUGAUGAGUCAUAUGAGGCCGCAAAUAGGAACCGGAUAUGUCGAAGACGCGACAGAGCGGGUGUCACAACCAGCUGAGGCCUUCAACUGGACAACCGAAGAGGUGGAUCUUGUUUACAGCAGUCCCAACGGUUCCUAUACCAGCUUGUUUGUUGAAAAACUCCUGGCCCUCGAUCAAGAACACGCAGGCAGCAACAAUAUCAUCAGAAUCUUGACAAAGCUGGACAGCGGUAUGGAUGAAAAAGUACUCGGGACCUUAAAGCUCUGUAUUCGUGGUGAGACUUCGACCCAAGCCAUGGAUCCGUUUCUGCGGGCUUCCGUCACGUACCUCGAAAGCACAGAACAGCUCAGCAACGCCAAAGACAUGAUUGAGCACGUAUCUAUGCAAGCGAAAAGCCUUCAAAACACCGAGGGGGUGUAUUUUGUUCAGCUCUUCAGAACAGCAUUGGAUCUCCGCCAACAGGACAGGGAAUUUUGCAAGGCGAUCCGCGGGUUCAGCCGUGACCUCAUCCCAAGAUGGGUACCUUUUCUCCUCGCAAGCCCUGAAGAACAAGUGCGCCGGAGCACACAUGACUUUUUAGUUUGCGAGUUGGGUAAGAUUGAUGCUGAUGCUACCAGUGACCACGAUGUCACCGUGGAUGAUCAAGUCUCACUCAGACAGAUGAUGAAGCAGACCGGUGUUAUCUGUCUCCAGUAUCUCAGGGACCACCAUGUGCGCAGACGGGCUCAAAUGAGUCGGGAGAUUGCAGACAAGUUCUUGAAGGUGAUUGAGGGGUGUGCAACUACGGUGGCAACAACAGGGGAUACACAGCCCGAGCUAGAUGUGGAACUCCUCACAUUGCAGGACGAUGUUUUGAAUCCCUUCCGCCGGCUCAUUGUUGACGAACUGGAGGAAGAUGGGUCCGGUAUGUUAUAG